UGCGUGUGACGUAUGGGGGAGGUUUGUGUGGCUGACGCUUUACGGGCCGGGUGGGGGCUUUUAAUGACAAAAGUUCUGUGCCGAGUAUCGUGGGGGAGUGUGCGCGCUUCAUCGGCAGCAGUUUUCUUCCACUUGGGACUUCUCUCAUUCUGACAUGGUAACUGCAUGGUGGUUCUCACUAACAGGUGAACAGGGACAGCUGCUCCAAAAAGGCUAGCAGGAACAGCCUGAUAGGGGCCCUUUUCCAGACUGACGUGGAUGAUGCCAGAGCUAUGACAGGGGCUGCAGUCUUGGCACUGAAGGGUGGUGAUCAGUUAUGGAACAGCCAAAGGAGGAAGUACUUGAAGUCUGGAAAAAGGAGGAGGAAGAGGAAGAGGCAUUGACAGCAGUAGGUGGAGUCACAGACCCAAAUGAAGGACCAGAUAAUUCAGCACCUUCUAUCAGCUAUACAGAUCUUUCCCAGAGUUCUCCUUCUCUAUCAGACCAAUUCCAGAUGGGCUGUGAUGAGGCAACCUCAGGAAGUCUGAAUGUGGAGUGCAGGGUCUGUGGUGACAAGGCAUCAGGGUUCCACUAUGGAGUGCAUGCAUGCGAGGGUUGCAAGGGCUUCUUUCGUCGAACAAUCCGUAUGAAGUUAGAGUAUGAGAAGUGUGAGCGGAGCUGCAAGAUCCAGAAAAAGAACCGGAACAAGUGCCAGUAUUGCCGCUUUCAGAAAUGCCUCACCCUAGGCAUGUCACACAAUGCCAUACGUUUUGGCCGUAUGCCAGAAGCUGAGAAAAGGAAGCUUGUGGCAGGACUGUCAGCAAGUGAAAUCAGCAGCCAGAACCAGCAGGUGGCUGACCUGAAAUUCUUUUCCAAGCACAUCUACAAUGCCUACCUGAAAAAUUUCAAUAUGACCAAAAAGAAAGCACGAGGCAUCUUAACAGGGAAAGCCAGCAGCACCCCGCCCUUUGUGAUUCAUGACAUGGAUACCCUAUGGCAAGCGGAAAAGGGCCUGGUGUGGAAGCAGCUGGUAAACGGUAUACCGCCAUGCAAGGAGAUUGGUGUCCAUGUCUUUUACCGCUGCCAGUGCACAACAGUGGAAACGGUGCGGGAGCUCACAGAAUUUGCCAAGAGCAUCCCUAGCUUCAUCAGCCUCUAUCUUAACGACCAGGUGACUCUGCUGAAAUAUGGGGUGCAUGAGGCCAUCUUUGCCAUGCUUGCCUCCAUCAUGAACAAGGAUGGACUCCUGGUGGCCAACGGGAAUGGCUUUGUGACACGCGAGUUCCUGCGCAGCUUGCGCAAGCCCUUCAAUGAAAUCAUGGAGCCCAAAUUUGAGUUUGCUGUGAAGUUCAAUGCCCUGGAGUUGGAUGACAGUGACCUGUCUCUCUUUGUCGCUGCCAUUAUCCUGUGUGGAGACCGUCCUGGCCUGAUAAAUGUUAAACAGGUAGAGGAGAUUCAAGACAAUAUCCUCCAGGCUCUUGAGUUCCACCUGCAGGCUAACCACCCAGACACUCAAUACCUCUUCCCAAAGCUGCUUCAGAAGAUGGCUGAUCUGCGGCAGCUAGUGACUGAGAAUGCACAGCUAGUGCAGAAGAUCAAAAAGACAGAAACAGAAACUUCUCUGCACCCGCUUUUGCAGGAAAUCUACAGAGACAUGUACUGAGGAGCCUAUAUUUAUGAGAUAGGUUAAAGCCAUGGAGUCCAGCAAAAUGCUUUGUACAUUAGCAAAGAAAUCCCCCGGGUCUUCCAUUCCCUCUUCUGGAAUUGCUUUUUCCAUAUGACUCCUAUGUACUGUACAUCCUACGUACUGUACAGCAUAAGACUGGCAUCUACCACAUGGUGGUGGAUCAGGGCUUCCGUUAAUAUACACUAAGUGAAACUUAAGGCACACCAUAAGCUAAAUAUCUGUUGCUACAGGUCAGCUGUUACACUGUUCCAGAGCAGCUGAUGUGUUUACACACACAGUGCAAAUGUGUUUGAACUAUGGGUUGGAUUUUUAUAUGGGACAAUGCAGAUUGUGUCUGGAUGAUUAAAGCAAGCAGUAGCUUGCCUGGCAGGUACAGGAACAGCACUUAACAUCAGAUAUCUGUUGUAUGUUAUUUUUAUAUUGCACUCUAGCUUGGCCCUAAGCCGUAAAUUUUAGGAUGUUACAAAGAAGGGGCGUGUGUGUGUGCCUGUGUACAGAUUUUCCCAAAGAAACCUCCAAGUGUUUUGAUGAAGGGUACGGACACUCCUUGUGGAGAUACUUUGAGAGGGGGAGCCUUCUGCAUGUUAGGCCGUAUCUCCUGACCUCCACAAUGGUCCCUCUCUUGAGUUACAACAGACUGUUGUUGACGCUCUUUAUGGGCAUCUAUGGCACUUGUUGACUUAGCAAAAAGAGGAGGGCUGCUUUUCCCAUUCCCUGCACUUUGCUCCAGUGCUUGCCAAAUUUGGCUCUGAAAGCAGGUGAGGGUGGGAGUUUGCUCUUGGGUCAUAGCUGCCAAAAGUCCUUCUGCUUCCUUCAUCUGAGCCAAAGUAGAAGUGACACUCCCUGGUGUUUGGAAGGAAGAGUAAUUGCGGAAGCCUUUCAGUGUGGCUCCCUGCUUAGAGGGAUAUAAUGUGGAUUCAGUCCUUAGGAGGGCAGCAGAUGGAGCACUCUGAAAUCAGGGUGACCCAAGGAUGUUACUGAAGGUGAUCAUUGCUUUUUCUCUUCUUCCACCCUGCCCCCUUCCUCCUGGUAUUCCCAAAAUUGUUCCCAAGAGAACUGAAUGAGGACUCCUGAUAUGUGAAUUGCAACUGUGCCUUUCUCACAAGCACAUACAGCAAAUAUGCUGGUGUUUUGCCCGUUGGUUUCCCCACCUUCACAGUAAAAGUGCUGAUAAGAACCACUGCAUAAGCAAACUGCAUUUCAGCAUCUCUCCCUGGUGAUUCCUCUUGAAAUUGUCACAACUGUUGUUUUAUAUUUCUCAACAUUUUAGAGCAAACAACAAUAUAUUUUUAUCUUGCUGGGGUGGUUCUACUUCAGUCUUUUGGGAACUCACCCUGGCACCUUUUGCCAUCACUACAUUCACUUUGAGUGUCUGGCUUUCUUGCCAGUUAGUGCACAAGGAUCUCCAAUUGCAGGGAGACCGUGGUUGCAUGAAUGUGUGGACAAGGUGAGGCCAAUCCUGCCUGGGUGUGGUUGAUCCACUGUGUGACCCUGUUGGAUUUCUUCCAUCUAUGAUUUCCAAUAUAUUUUCAGUAUUAAUGCUCUCAGAUUCAAUCAGCAUCAUGCUGAGAAGGGGCCGGAGAGCCUUAACACUGGGAUUUUCACUCUUGUACGGCUUUCUUGCUAUGUGGCCUUAGGCAUGCUUGCUUAUUUCAAUACACUUCCAAAUGGAUUUCAUGCUGCUGGUGGUGAGAAAUUAUUGUCAAAAGAACUUUGAACUAGCAAGCAGAAUGUAAUGACAUCACAAGUACAUGAUGAUAGACUCUGAGGUGGUACAGAUGCUGUUUGAAGUAUUUCAACCCAAAUCAUAUAGUUCUUUUUCCUGGAUCUUUUGAGCUGCAUUCUGUUUCUAUGGCUAGAUUUUGGUGCAGAGAACUCUAAAGAGCUUUCAGUAACUCAUCAUUACAUUAGUGGAUAGGGAUAUUUUUAAAAGGUGCUCCUUCUACAGUACAGAUAAUACUGUUCUAGAAUAGGGGUGGGCAAGCCUGGCCAUCCUCUAUGUUGUAGAUUUUGGACUACAGCUCCCAGCAUCCCCAGCCACUAUAAAUUGUGGCUGGGGAAGGUGGGAGUUGUAGUUCAAAAACAGCUGGAGGACCAAGUUUACCCACCCCUGUUCUAGAACCUGUGCUAUUAAUUUUUGUAUGAAUUUCCCUUGGUAGUCACAGGUGGGGGGCGGGAAACAGUUAUAGCACCCAUUUUUCUCUCUGGGCUGUGGCUCUUGACUUGGGUAUCCAUUUGUGCAACACACCAUCUGCAAAAAUUUGAUGUUGGAUGCCUUUCUGUGCCUGUAUGACCCAAGAGCGUGCGCCAUAUGAGUGCGGGGCCUCCACUCCAGUCACAAACAGCACAGGGAGAAACUCUUGAAAUAUAUUUGUUUGGACAAGAAAGCCUAAAGUUAGUCUAGGUUACUGCCCAGGUAUAUUAGUUUGUGCUGAGAUUUUCUCUUUGCUUUAUGGUGGCUUCCUGAGAUGUGCUAGCUAUUGCACUGUAGCAGAAAGUGAUGACCCAGCUCAUCCAAGGGUGUGGGGUGAGGGUUAUGGUUGCUUUCAGGGAUAUUGGGCUAAGGGGUGGAUGCUUGGGUUAAGACAGACCUGCAAAUAUGCAGUGUGGAAGUAGCAUGCAAACUGCAGGCCAUCUUUGCAGCUUUCUGCAUGUUCAAUAGGCAAAGAUUCUGCCAAAAGCAUCAAAGCUGGAUCAGCUGCACAUUGCCCUUAGCUCCACGGGGAGCCAGCCACUUCCAGUGCUUAGCCACACAGAGUAGUCCUACGUACAGCAUCAGCGAAGACUGUUAAAGGCAUUCGAACCAGGAGAAGCCACAGUGAUGUUUUGAAAGGCAUGCAGGGAGUGCUGAGGAAUGUAGGUUUAUCCAGUGCUUCCCCCCUAUAAAACUUUAUGGGGAACGACUACAUUUCCCAGCACUCUCCAUAUGCCUUGCCACAUGCCAUGUGGCAAGGCUUAUGGGGAGUGCUGGGCAUACCUUCCACAACACCACUGGAGCUUACUAUGACUCUAGAUCCCUUUAAUGGUUCUCCCUGGUACUGUGCACAGGACCACUCUGCCCAGAGAUAAGUGUUGGGAUCAGCAGCGCCUCCCAUGGGGCCAGGGGUGGUGUGCAGAUGAUUCAGCUUCAAAGCCAAAUCUUUGCACAGUCCUAGUAAUCAAUAAUCCCCCAGUAUUUUCAGGCUGCUUGGGCUUGCUGGCAAAGCCCAAGCUUUGGUGACAAAAAGUAGGGAAGAGGGAGAGCCCCAAUGUAGUCUGCAUAUGGAUCUGUGCAAAAAAUAUCCAGAGAUAUUUUUCUAAAGAAGAUUGGAUUGUGCCUGCAUAUUGAGGGCAACUCCAUACUUUACAUGGCAAGUGUGCAUUGUGUAUAUAUUGAUUGGGCCAGCUUUCUCUGUCAUUCACAUGGCGCUUGCUACCGGAAAUGCUGUCAUGCAAUGUAACAGACCAUUUUGCCUUAUAAAACGUAGAGCUCUCCUCAUUUAACUCCACUGCUAGUAUACUAGCUUGUUACAAACAAGAUGCCUGCAAGCAUAUCUUGUCCUUUCAGAAUUGAAUUUUGGCUCCAGGAGCCACACAUGACUGAUAGCCAAAGCUACAUCACUCAGUUGUCCUGGCCAGCUAGCAGAUACUUUGAUAUUUCCAUAAUAUAUAUGUUUUCCAGCCUACCCAAGCCAGUUUUUUAAAAACUGUAAUUCCUUAUUAAGAAAACAAACAUGUAAAAUGUCUAUAAUGGAGAUUUGAGUUAUGCACACACCUGGCUAAGAUUUGAUCAUAACCUGGGUACUUUGCCCCCAGCUGUUCUUCAACCAGUACCAAAGUCUCUUCAUCUCCACAAGUGCUUGAUGCUCUUCAUGUUCAGGUGCCAUCUCAAGCCACUUCUAUGUUAGGCGAUUCUUAAUCUGUCUGAUUAAGAUGACUCUUCUGGUUGUGUAGGGCUAUUACAGCAAAAGGCAAGAUCUAUUUAUGCUGCUUUGCUUGUUGGGCAAGGAGAAUACCUGACAUCCCCAAUUACCCAACAAUGUUGCAAUACCUGGUUCUCCUUUUUCCCCCUUAAGUCUGAUUGACUCACUGCAGGAAUUUAUUGAGAACACAGAGAUGAGCUCAGGUCUGCCAUGCUUAGAAAUCUAGCUGUUUCUCUCUGAUAAAUCUCAUGUGGUCCCUGAUGAUUAUUAGUAGGGAGGCUUGAGUAAUUAUUGCUGGCAUCAUUGGGAGGCUGCUGCUCAGGUCAAAUGGGAGUCAUCAGGUGGUGAGGAAUCCAGAUGGGGACUAUGGUGGUGGCAAAGGGUCAAAGCUUCGUUCUUCCCACACCAAGGUCCUGAUCUAAUCACCACCAUUCUGUAUUUAGUACAGAAAACUUAAGUGCAUCAGCUCUGAUGUUCUGUUUAAUAUGACAUGUAGUUUGGCCCCCAGUUCUAGUCUCAAAGACCACCAACACUUUAAUAGCAAAUCCCAUUACCUUCUACUGUUAUUUCCACCCCCAGCUCCAUUAGGGUCACGGAAUUCUUUGAUCAUUGGAUAAUUCCAUUCACUACCUAGGCAUUGUGAUUGAUAAGUGUAUGGUAAUUAGCUAGAGUAUGUGUGCUUUCUUGCUAGUGCAGAGGAAGCAAGGUAUUUAAUCCUUGUAGUCUUCUUCCAGCUCUGCACUGAUGUACUGACUGGUACUUGACUUUGCUGUGCCUCUAUUUCCAGGUCAGAAUAACUGGGAUGUUCUACUUCACAGACAUGGUGUGAGGGUGGCGGAAUGCAUCUUCGUAAAGCAAUUUGGAGUCUUCAUGUAGCAGGAGCCAGAGUUGGGCAAAUCAUUAACAAGAAAUAACUUGUGAUUUUUAACUUCAAGUACCUGCCCUGGACCUUCAUCUUCAAUCAUUACCCUUAAAGGCCUCUUCACCUGACCCCUACUAUCCCUCAGGAGAUGCUGGACAUGUAUUUCACUUGAGGAGCGUGCACACUUUUUUUUUUUCUGCAGAGGGGGAGAGAUGUUGUAGCAAUCCUCGAAUUGAAAUGUAUAUUUUUGCUAGAAGUACAAAACUCCAGGUGUUUUUAAUAAUAUAAAUAGUGACUGACAACUCUAAAUAAAGUGGAAAUAAAUAUUUAAGAAAUUUA